UGAAAUGUUUAUGAAUAUUUCUAUACCACAAUUGUUUCCAACGUUACGACAACCCGGCGGUAGUCUUAGGACAUUUUGUCUUAUUCUAAAUAAAGCUACCAUAACAUAACGAACUAAGAUUAGGAUCAAUGCUUGAUAGGCAAAUCGGUAUUAAAUUCCACACUUGAAUAUGAAGGAAUUGUUUUCGGAGGAAGGCGAUGGAGUGCGGGAUUCAUUUGAGACAAACUGCACAUGAAAUGCAGUUGCAUAAUUUGUGACAAUUGUAUCACAACUGAUGAGAACUGUUUGUAAAACAACUUAUUUCUGGCGUAGGGUGUGGUAAGUAUAUCUUUUACCUAUAGACCAAUAUAUUCACUUCGUCGGCAUCUGUCAGCAAAAAUAGAAUCAAGAAAAGUACAUAACAUAGGUAAUUGUGACUCCAUAGCUAUUGGAUUAUGUGUAGGUGCAAAGUACAUAGCGUGUUCAAGGCUCCCAUAACAUUCGUGACAAACGGUCGUUGUUUUGUCGUGCUGAAGUCAGUACUUAGUAUUAAGAAUUACUCAAAAUCUCUGUAGCAAUAUAGAUAUUUAAUUCCCCUUACUUGUAUAAGUAUUGAAUAGUGCGUGCUAAAUAGUAUUGGUGGAUAUCGGUAUUAACGAUUACAUAUACUGAUAUUUUCUGUAGCCACACCCUAAAUACAUAACUCUAAAAAUUAUGCACGAUAUAUCAGUUUAUAUCUAUAACAUUUAUCUUUCAUCUGAUGGACCUGCGUACUUAUAUGUUCACAAGUUUAGAUAUAUAGUGGUUUAACUAGAUAGUAACUAUAUAAUGUUAUCAUUAGGAAUAAAUGAUUAAUUCAAUGAACUCAAUUAUUUUUCAGAAAUAAAAUGGCGAAUUACAUGUUUUUGAUGGAAUGGGAAAAUAAUACGUUAACGGAGUGGGACGAACACAACAUGAUUAAGAUGACUGUGACCGGAUGUGGUUUCUCAUUUGUGGGUCUCAUGCUCACGCUGUGCCUACUUUGUUUCCUACCUCUUGCCAAUGACGGACUCUACAUAAUAACCAAUAUGUGUAUAUCUAUGGUGGCGGCACAGUUAGCUUUCAUAGGAUCGGAAAACACCUACCCAGAAAAGCUGUUAUGUAAGACAGCGACGUCAAUACUCCACUACCUGUUCUUGUGUGUCCACUUUUCUUCUCUGUGUUUUGGAGUUCAUCUGAUGACUAAGUUAAAGGCUGAACACAUGAUGAAUAAGUCGCUCAAACGCACGUGGAUAUUGCUCACGUGUUGGGGCGCCCCUGGGGUCAUUGUGGCGAUCACGUCUGUCAUACGAGGAGACACAUACGGGACAAAUAAACUAUGCUGGUUGGCUACAGCUUAUGGUACAAAAUGGGCAUUCCUAGGUCCCGUGAUGGUCAUACAGUUGAUUAACGGGGCCAUCUUUGUCAUCAUGAUGUUGACUAGAAUGGGAGCGGACUCGAAGAAAGGAUGUUCUCCUGUUGAAGUAAUCAAACAACAAGUGAUGACAGCCAUCUCCCUGAUCCCUUGCCUAGGUUUGAUGUGGUCACUUGGGUUCGCUGUGACCUUUGGGACAUCUAAGACAGUACAGUACCUGUUUGUAGUGUUGGCGGCGUUACAGGGCCUGCUGAUAUUCCUGGGUCACAUCAUGACUCACAAACAAGUCCGUAAGUCUCUGUGCGUGAAGAUGAACCCCAGCGAGUACGACAUGUCUGAGAAGAACAGUGACGACUACACCAGAUCCUCCAACAUCGUUGAAGCUAAACGAGGUAGUAAUGAUUCCUCGACGUCUCUCACGGAGAGACGCCAUUCUGAGCACUGUCUGGGUACAAACAGAAACCAGCUCGUGGUUCCUCCAGCAGCAAAAUGCCGUCAUCGAUCGCCGCGAAAAAGUACCUAAAUGAUGUCAUCCAUCAGAACAGCCAUAUUCCAUGAACUCCAACAAAACCACGUUUGUUUUCAACGGAGCUUUAAAGGAACUUAAUCUGCUAUAAAACUGACGCUUAACUUAACCACAACUUUGUGAUUGGUGUCACCAACCCUAUGGACGAGUAUCGAUACAUGUGUUUGGUAAAAAAAAAAUGCUAGGAAACAUACCAUACAAGUCCAUCAGUAUAAGAAAUCUCAUUGACACGUGUAAAAUGCAUUUCUCGGCAUAAUGGUUUAUGACAAUUAUAAAAUAUACAUCCGAGAAGUAUAUAUAUAUAUUCUAUAUAAAACAUGAAAUAUAUAAGCACAUAUUAGAUUGUUGGUAGAUUCCAUGGUAUAAUUACUGGUGAAAGGGCGUUAGUGUUAUCUCCACUAUUAAUUGUAUUGCUGUUAGCAUGAGACAACUAUGUAAUAUAUUGUGAUAAGCCGCAUAUAAGAUUCAUAAUGGAGUAGGAUUUAAGAUAAUCAACAAUAUGUUAAGUAAUGUACUUACAGAAUGUGUUUUACCAUAUGAUGUUGAGAACCUCAACAAAAUCAUGGAGAAUAUCUCUUUUCUCCGAUCAUUUCAAAAAAUUGAAAUACAUGUUUGUAUGCAGCACACUGUUUUAAAAGAUUAAAUAAUGAUUAUGUAUAUUUAAAUGAUUUUCAUUUCAUAUGGUAUUUCAUUAAACAAGUCUUGAAUUGAGGAGCACAAAUUAAAACUUUGAGUCGAAAUUCACAAAAUUUUAUAGGAAUUAAAAAAAUAUUUAAUUGAUCACAUGCAAAAUACAACUAAGUUAACUGACAUUUUGCAAAUGUUCAAAGUCAAAAUGUGGAGGGUAAAAUUAAACAGAGGAACAGCCAAUUUGUUGUGCCUGUUUCAAUUCAUGACGCACCGUAUUAUUACGUCCCAGUUCAUUUCUGACCGGCGUCGUAAAUUAAAAAAAACUCAACAAGGUUAUAUUUCCUUAGGAAUACGGUAUAUACAAAACUAUUACAUGGGCGAAUUCUUUGGAUAACAGACCGAUUAUGAAAUAAUCAAUUAAUUAUUAUAAAUUUAAUUGUAGACAAUAAUUUGUUACAGACAAAACACAAUAAGACAUUGUAUUCUUACGACAAACUAAUUCUCAUGGUUGAAGAUAGGGGAAGUAUAUUUCCUCCACCCACAAGCAAAUGGAUGUCCAUUCCUUUAGCUUAUACACUUUUCUUGUGGUUGUUUUGAUUUUUGUGCGAUUACAACGGCAAGAUAUUGUUGAUUUGAUGACCACACCAGCUUCUCUAAAAAAGGUGUACUGGGCAAUACCUAUACUCUGACAUCGAGUCGGUAUCACACCAACGUAUCAUAGUUAUUACUAUGAUUACAUGACUAAUUCAGUUUGUGAUUUUAUGACGAUAUGUCACACACUGACAAUAUAUUACUAUAAAUCUGAGAAUGUGUAAAUAGUUGUGUAGAGAUUUUCGAUUGAUAACACUGAUUUUCUAUGUGCUACGUCAUGUUCAUUGACAGUAAGUACGGUCCUCGGUGGUAUGAAGCAUUGGAUGCUGAACACCUGGUCCUGUUAACUUUCUGUCAGCUUUCGUAGAUGUAAUGUCAUUGAUAAUCACAGUCCCAAUUAGCCAGAUAUGUGUAAGCUUAAUAAGCCAGUACCUAAAAUCUACCAAAGUAAACUGUAUGAUAUGUAUUAUAAAACUAGUAUAAUGUACAAAUGAUAUUGUUUGCUUAAAGUCUGUUGAUGAUAGUAAUGAAUUCAGAUCUAAUUACUCUUUGAGGUACAUUGUAUAUAUGAUAUUAAGUUAAUAAGUUAUCGGCAUUAUGUUGUAACGUAAUAUGAGCCUGGAUAUUAAGAUAUACAUAUCUGUGUGUUCUAAGGAAGAGCAUCCCUUCAUGUUAGAUUUAUAAGUAUUUGUGUCUGAGCCUUUCACCCCUUGUAAGCUAUUCAAACUGAUUGUGUUACUUGUACGUCAAGCGAGUAACAAAACGCUGAAGUUUGCUAUGAUUAUGCACAAAAAGCUGGGAGCAAAUUGUUGACGCGGUUUAGUAACUUGCUGCUUGUAUAUAUUUAUAUAUGAUUUAUCACAAAGUAUUUUUAUUAAAUAUAUUGAUACUU